AGUUUUCGAUAAAUAUAUUGACUGCAUUUAGCGUUAUGUUUUGGAACGGUGUCAUAAAAAAUGUACUUUUCGGAUUGGGUAAAGCAGUGACAACUAUUUUGAAGAUGGCGCUAAGUAUGAAACGGGCAUACCUCUCAAGGAAACAGCUGUUUAUAAUAUUUUUACUACUACUUAUGUUUAUGGUAUACUAUCUUGUAUACCACAGCGGAGAUCCUAGUUUGCCCCCGGAUUUAGAUUUGACGAGAAAAGAACAUAUAGAAAAUCUGCAAAAUCUCGUAAAUACCGCACCAACUACUGUAGCACUGUUAAAUGUUGUGAAUGUGUCGAAUUUCGAAAAAAUAAGGGCAAAUAUUCAACAGAAAUUGGUUUAUGCAACAAAUGCCACUCCAAAACCUUACGAUUUGAAUGACAGAGAUUCCGUAGCUAAAUAUGUGGAGUUUACCCUCCAAGAAGCGUUGAAAGAAGAUAAAGGGACAGGAUGUGACGUACCAAAGUUGGAUCCGUUCUCACCAGAAGUCAUGAGGUUCAACAAAGAAAAAAAAUUAAUACAAUGUACUAAGAAGGACUGGGUACAGUGUCAUCUUUCUAAAUGCAGACCUACAAGAGAAACCGUUGAGCAAUAUGAAAACAUAGAAUGUGUAUAUAAUGAUAUUAUUCACGUGAACGAUUAUAAACGGUAUUACGGGCCUUCGAAAGUUGUUAAAGGCGAUGAAGCUUAUACGUUAGUUGAUAGCGACCAUGUCAAGAUCAAAUGCACAGGACGGAGUGGGGUAGGAAUAACCAGACAUUUACAUCGUCGAAGACGUAGAAGACGUGUCAGUAUGCUAUUCGGCAAAACGUCAUGGAGCGGGCUUGGCACGGGACUCAGAAGCACAGUGAACAGUCUCAAAGCACCUAAAGGAGUACACGACAAAUAUGAUGUCCUCAUUUUCGGAUUCGAUACGACGUCGAAAAACGGAUUCAUAAGGAAAAUGCCUGUGAGCUAUAGAUACCUUACUAAGGAGCUUGGAGCUACUGUGUUGAACGGGUACAAUAUAGUUGGAGACGGCACUCCAGCGGCAUUAUUCCCAAUAUUAUCUGGCAAAACUGAACUGGACAUGCCGGAAGCGAGGAAAUCCAUCAAAGGCAGUGGCUACCUCGAGGACUCGGACUUUAUAUUCUACAAGUUGAAGCAACGGGGCUACCACACAGCAUAUUUCGAGGAUAUGCCCUGGGUAGGCACGUUUCAGUAUCGUUUCAAUGGCUUCCGCAACCAACCUGCUGACCAUUACUUACGUGAUCUAUUCUUAGAAGAAUCUGGAAUGAGCGGACGCUCGUAUUAUUGCUUCGGGGAAACACCGAGACACCGUCUCAUGAUGAACUUGACUGAGCAGGUGUUCGAGCUGGACGGAAGACACUUCAGCUUCACGUUCGUAGCAGAUAUCACUCAUGAUGACUUCAGCUAUAUGCACAACGCUGAUGUCCCCUUGAUGGAGUUUUUAAAGCGACUGGAGAAGAAAGGCGUGUUCAAAAACACACUUCUGAUGGUCAUGGGCGACCAUGGACCAAGAUACGCAAACAUCCGAGACACAUUCCAGGGCAAACUGGAAGAGCGGUUGCCGUUCAUGGCGAUCCGUUUGCCUGAUAAGCUGCGGGCGGGUCGCCCGGAGGCCCAGUCGGCUCUGGAAGCCAACAUGGACGUGCUGACGACACCGCACGACAUCCACGCGACGAUCCUGGACACCCUCGACCUGACCACGCUGGGGAACCCAUACAAGGUCCAAGGAGCUGACUUGCCGAGGGCUCUCAGUUUGCUGGAACCGGUGCCUCGUAACCGCUCGUGCAGCGAGGCAGGCAUCGAACCUCAUUGGUGCACCUGCCUCAGAUGGGAAGAACUGGCUCCUGCCGACCCCAUGUACGAGCGAGCGGCCCACGCACUCGUCGACCACAUCAAUCUCAUAACCAAGUCAAAACGACAUCUCUGCGCAUUACGCAACCUUGAAUCCGUGCAAUGGGUUCUGAAGAGGAAGGUAAACGCCGAGGUCCUGAAGUUUCAAGGAGCGAAGGACCAUGAUGGCUACAUCGGGAAAUUUAACGGAAAGACCGUGAUGCCUCGGCAGGUUUACCAGGUCAAGAUCACAGUGGGACCCAACAGUGGGACGUUCGAAGCCGCUGUAACGUACCUGUUAAAUCAAGAUCAAUUCCAAAUCAACUCCAGAGAAAUAUCGCGAAUAAAUGCGUACAACGACGAGCCGAAGUGUAUAAGCGAGACGGAUCCACACCUCAACAUGUAUUGCUUCUGUAAAUCCUGAGUCAUAGAGUUCAUAAUGCAAUAAACCAAAAACGCCUGAAAUUAAACAUAAUUUUUGGGGCAUCGACGCAGAAUGUCCCUUAUACUGGGUGUUAGUGACACCGUAACGAAGCUUCUGUCAGUGUCACUAACACCCUGUAUAUACAUAACAUUACAUAAACAGCCCAUAUUUGUCCCACUGCUGGGCACAGGUCUCCCCUCAAUCAACUGGAGGGAGCAUACUCCACCACGCUGCUCCACUGCGGGUUGGUGGAGGCAGUAUAUAAGUAGACAAUAAUAUAAACCCCCGCGCGGAUUAUCUUACUUUCGGAGAAUCAGGUGAUCCGAUAUGUUCCACCUGGAAUAGAAUCAUAGACCUCCAGAUCGAGAGAUUAACGCUCUAACCACUAGACCAUGGAGGCCGUUGUGAGAUACACUGUUAUUGCAAUUUUGUCAUUGACACUAAAAUGUCCCUUUUAUUAUUGUAUGAUAUAAAAAAUAUCAGUGAAACUUAUGCCCUAACUAAAGCUUUUUUUAUAAUAUUUUGGUGUAAAAGGGGCCUUUCGCGAAAAAGACAUUUCGCGAAAGGGUUAUUUUAAAAAAUGGGACAUUCUGCUGCGAUUUGUGUUUUAAACAUUUUACAAGAAAAUAUUUAGUACAUAGUGCAAGACAAAACUCAAUCCCUUAACGGUAGAUCGCAUUACCGUUAACGCAAAUAUAUCCUAGGAUGUUUUGUCUUUUUGCGAAGAUCCAGUUGGAAUUUACGUAAGUUCCAACUGGAUAUUCGCAAAAGGACAAAAGAUUUUAGGAUAUUUUUGCCAGUAAUGAUGUUGUCUUCGGGUGUUCCGAAAUUCACCCACAAGCUAACGAAAUGUGUAUAGUUGUCAAACUGAAUUAAAAUUAAGUUUUCGUCCACUGGAAUCGAUUGAUCUUAAUACUUGAUUUUUAGCUGAUUUGACUAGUCGUCCGUUUUAGGUUAUGGUUUAAAUUAAACUGAAUUCUGUUUCUGAGGCAGGUGGUAAAAAGGACAGUGACAUUUUCAAGUAACUUUGUACGGUCACCAGUACUAAUAUGUGUACACUUUGAAACCAUGUCACAUUAACUCCCUUGCCUUAGAAACGGGUGUGAUUCUCCACGGCACUGGCGUAUGGCAAUGGUGCUGUAUGGAUUUUUCUGGACCUUUUUUUGACGUGACUUAUUGUAGAUUUGCCGCAAAUGGCAUUGACUACUUGGUCGAACCAAAAUGGCUGAUGUUCAAAAUGCGUUCCCCAAAAUUUAUUUAAUAUUUGGGAGAUCAACAACAUUCACUUACUGACCAAAUUAAGCAACAAAUAGCGACAACAUAGAAUUAAUAGUAGAUACAGAAAAGCAACAAUAUAAAGAGAAAGAAUCACGCAAUUUUUAGAAGUUUAGAACAUUUUCCGGUACGGUCACGAGUACUAAUAUGUAUACACUUUGAAACCAUGUCACAUUAACUUUUUUUGACAAAUUAAAUCGUAAGUCUCAUUAAAUGUCAAAUAUUAUAGUGCGACAGGGUUCUAAAGUGGGUACAUGAUAUUGCUCAUGACUGUACAAUUGUACAUCCCUGGUCACAGCCUAGGCCACAAAGUUGCUCUUAGAGAAUCACAUAUCUGUCUUUACCAUAUUAUAAGUUAGAAUUAAGUUUGUUUUGUGCUUUGUUAAUUAGUUAUACAGUGUCAGUGAACUAUUUUAUUAUUAUUUUUUUAACUUGUCUUAUUGUAGAUUUGCCGCAGGUGGUAUUAACUACUUGGCCGGACAAAUGGGGAGCGCUGAAGGCUCUCAUCCGGUACAAAAUUUAAGACAACAGGCCUGAGAGUGCCCUUUUAUUUUUAUGGAGCACACGGAAGCGCCGUUUUGAAAAAUCUAAUUCUAAUGUCAUAAUAACAUAAACAGCCUAUAUACGUACUUUAUUAUUAGGUGCUAAUUCCUGUAAAUACCAUCUAAUUUUAUUUUAAGUUAUAUCUGUCAUUUUCUUAUCCGCCGAAAAGGAAAGGGACGGGUAAUUGACAAGCAUAAAAUUUAUGGAACACACGUCAAUUUUAAGCACAAAUCUAAACCAACCGUCUAAAAAUUUUACAUCAGUCAAUAACCCGACACAUUCAUUUACUCAUUCUUCCUAAAAUUAAGAGCUGUGAAUCAUCCGUCCCUUUCCUUUUCGACGGAUAUGAAAAUGACGGAUAUAACUUAAAAUAAAAUUAGGCGGUGUUUGCAGGAAUCGGGGCCAUUGGCUGUUUAUAUGUUUCUUAAAAAGGAGCGUUAACCGUUUGUAUGAUAAACAUUCCGCAAAAAGCGGGCAUUUAAUUUAGUCUCGAUAACUACUAAUUUUACUCCCAUCAUCCCUAUGUCCACUGGAAGUCAAUAUCAUUAUUGUUACCGCAAAAAUAUCCUAGAAUCUUUUGACUUUUUGCGAAUAUCCAAUUGGAACUUACGUAAGUAGUAACUGGAUAUUCGCAAAACGACAAAUAAUCAGGAUAUUUUCGUUGCGGUGAUACUAGUGGUAUUUACUUCCGGUGCUCUGACAUUCGCCUUUAAUUUGUAAAUAAAUAAGUUGGUGAAAUAAUAAAUGGAGUUACCAAAAAAAUACUUUUUAUGUUUUAUGCUUCGGUAAUUGUAAAUACUUACGUAGCUUUUAGUACGUUGUGAUUUUAUUGGAAUUAAAAACUUGUUUGAAAA